ACAACACUGGCGCCAACAGCUUGUGCAGCACUCAUAUCAAUGCAGGCUGCGCUUCGGAUCGAUAUGCAGGAGCUCGCUAGCAUAUGCAUCACAGUAACCAUCACACGGUCGCCCGUCAUUGUUUGCAAUUUUAGCUGGAAUGUGCCGUACACUUCCGUACAUUUUCUCAUCGGAAACGAACCGAGAAAGCGGUUUUUCUGCCCAGUUGUCCAACGUAAUAUCCCAAAAGCCUUGGGAGAGAUAAGCAAUGAUAAGAGAGACUGUUCAUAAAGACAUAAUUAGCGAUACACGUCGCGCGUAGUGAACACACAGCGAACCGUAGGAUAAAUUGAUCCUACUCGGCGUAAAGGCAGAUAGAGUGUCCUCCCUGUCCGGCCGUACCAGCAUCCCGUAAGAAGACGCCCGCUCUAACUACCGGAAGGCAAAGCAUCUGACGAAAAAACAACGGAUGGCUUCAAGUCCGAGAGCUGGCGGUGCUGCACAGCGACCUAACGGUUCCACGCAGAACAAAAUAUGCCAGUUCAAGCUAGUGCUUCUGGGCGAGUCGGCGGUCGGCAAAUCAUCGCUAGUGUUGCGGUUCGUUAAGGGACAGUUUCACGAGUAUCAGGAAAGUACGAUCGGUGCCGCCUUCCUGACACAAACCCUGUGUAUCGAUGAUACGACAGUGAAGUUUGAAAUUUGGGACACCGCCGGACAGGAACGGUACCACAGCUUGGCACCGAUGUACUACCGAGGUGCUCAGGCGGCAAUCGUUGUGUACGAUAUUCAAAACAGUGAUAGCUACGCACGGGCCAAAACGUGGGUCAAGGAGCUUCAAAGACAGGCAUCGCCGAAUAUUGUGAUUGCAUUAGCUGGCAACAAAGCCGAUUUGGCAAAUAGUCGCGUCGUGGACUAUGAAGAAGCCAAGCAGUACGCGGACGACAAUGGGCUACUGUUUAUGGAAACAUCCGCAAAGACGGCCGUGAAUGUGAAUGAUAUAUUCCUUGCAAUAGCUAAAAAGUUACCCAAGAACGAGGGCGCCGGACCGCAGCAAAACAUAAGACCAACGCAAAAUGAAACCAGCCGACAGAACAGUGGCUGCUGCACCAAGUGAUGUUAUUCCGCAGCUAAUGGACCCUUGAAUGUAAGUGACGACUACUGCAUGAAUUGUAAAAUGCUAAUAAUUAUCGUUAUAACGCUGGAGUCGGCGCUUGUCGGACGGAUAAUGAUGGAGAUGGUGCGGCAACCGAAUAUGCUGGUGGUACACUCCGGGGAGGCGGCGCAGGUGGAGAAAUUAUUAGCGAGUAAGCGAGAUUCCAACCUAGUUAUGGCAUUACACCCGGAAACACUAACACAUAAUGGUUAAACAACACAAAAGUAAAGCAAAUCCCUAUAAAUAAACUGAAAACUAAAUUUGUAGAAAAAAAACAACCGACAUAAAAACCAACAUCAUCUCUGCAUAUUGGGAUUGGAGAGUAAGUGUAAGAGAGAGAGAAAGAGAUAGAGAGAGAGAGAGAGAGAGAGAGAGAGAGAGAGAGAAAGAAAGAAAGAGAUAAAAAGAGAGAGAAAACAAAAGAAACAAUAGACAUAGUAUAAUAUGCUGCUGCGUAAUGAACAAAAACAAGAGUCAAUCCGGUCCGGUAUGGCUGCCGGUUGAGAGACAGCAGCGCUCGCGCAGAUGAGCUACUGGCGGAAACUUGCCACCCCCCCCGGGAAGUGAGGGGUUGAUUUUUCUGUUUUGUUUUGCGGAGAACUGUGUCUCAAAACAAUCCGAGCGCGGGGCGAAAACGAACGAAUGAAUGAAUGAUCAAAGUUUAGCUUAAUUGGGUUUAGAAAUCGUGGGGGUUUUUAUUAUUUUUCAGUCUGUACGUCGAUAAAUGAUAAUAAUAUUAAAACAUGGAAAAAUAUGAAUAUCAACCUACUACACACAUACACAAACACUGCGCUCCAACUAGCAAUCAACUCUCGCUCCAAGCAAAAAACGAAACGAAAAUACACUCUCAAAGGCGCUCUCCAAAGGAUUUUCUUCUUGCGUUCGGCAAGAAAGGUGCACGAUCGCCGCAAACACACGCAUGCGCGUGCACUGAAGCACACGCGCACUUUAAGAAGGCCCAAACCUUUUUAGGCGGAAUUUUGUGGACAAAAUCGUUUGUCUCAAACGCAGAAGCGAUCGAAAGACGGGACGAUAAAUUGGGAAUGCAUUUGCUGGUGUGUUGUGUUUGUUGUGAUAAUUUUUGUGCAAUCUUAUGCGAUCACGUUAGAAACGCGCGUCACGUGUGCCUUCAUCAUCUCACCGCAUGCUGCGGCUACUGCUACUGCUGCUAGUUGCAUGGCAGCGCGCACGUGAUCCUGUGCUCCUGCGCGCCGCAUGCUGUGUUUGUUUGGCGUACGUGAUCGUGGCAAGUUCAUUUUCGGGUUUUUGCUUUAAGGGAUUAGGUAUACAAUUGGAUAUCCUUAUCGCAAGUAAUAUGUACCAUCAAUAGUUUGUAUGCAAUAUCACAAGAAAACAAAACAGUUUAGAGCGAAAUUUUGAAAGAGAGAGAGAGCGAGAGCCAGAAUAGAAUUUGAUAGAAGGGAAAGAAUAUACGAAUAAAAUAGUUUAUAGCAGCCGACUAGUGUUGUGUAUGUUCUCAUUUUUCACUGCAUUCGCUGCUUUAUCGAUACAAAUUAGGCACACGACAGCCGAUCGGCUAGGGAGCAGCUGAUGUGGUGUCUUGAACGCUGGCUGCUGGCUAGCCAAAUGCCUCUGCCACCAGUUCGUACAGAGGGCUUAACACGGGGGGUUUAUGUUACUUUACCUUUCCAACCGAGAACCGAACAUUGUGUGCGAAAUAUUAUUUCGCUUUGUGGCAAAAAUGGCGAAAAAUUGAUUACAAAAUGGUUGAUCACACUUAGGUAACAAAGAACGAAGAACCGGCAAAAAUGGAGCGAACAAAGAGAGGCUGAACACGAGAGCACGCCCGAAAAGAAUUGGUAAAAUUAAGAGUUUCUGUUGUUAACGCUGGACCUGGGGAUGGACAGAGAGCAAAGCUAGAGCGCAUAGUCACAGGAACAGGAGCAAGAGCUAAGCGAACCAACGAAGCGGUGGUAAAUGUGUAACGGUUGUAAGGUGAAAGGUGUUUGGUGUUUCAAAAACGUAUCGUAGAGUUGGUUAUUUCAGUUUUGGAACUUGCGAGCAGGGAGAGGCCACAACUGCACCAUAUUUCAAGGUCCGAUUUUUAGGUGGUCGAACAUUGGAUGUGAAUGGAAAAGAAUCUUCGAAGAAGAAAGCCUCAUCACAUCCCGAGAACGCACGCACCUCUCCACAGAACUCCACAGAGAAAACAGCUACACCGCGCGAUGCCCCCUGCGGGGGCCGAUCGUGUCGGUCCACCGCCGGGUGACACACGCCAUUUCGAUCGUUGGAAGUCAAUAAA